UAAAAACAUGGCAAGUACUAGUUCAAGUACUGGAAUUAUUCGAGGUUCUUCGUGGAUUCAGAAAAAAAUAAAUCUGAAACCUUUACAACGAGGUUGUCAUCUUAUAACAGAUGAAAUAGUCAAGCAAGUACCAGAACUUUCACAGUUUGUUGUAGGAAUUCUCCAUCUUCAGAUUAUGCAUACUUCAGCAAGCCUUGCCCUCAAUGAGAAUUGGGAUCCAGAUGUAAGGUACGUCAGUUGAGAUUUCUCACUCUGUGUUUACCACAAGCCUUUGUC